CACAGGUCAGAGUUCCCAGCAGAGCGGAAGUUGUUGGCUCAGUGUUGCUCUGCAGCACAGUGCACUUAGCAUUUAGCGGCUAACGCGCUCCUCCGGGCGUUUAUACCGCAUGUCGUUGCGGAAUAAAAACAUGAAGCGGGUUGGACUGUGCGGGAGAUGAAGCUGUUGCCUGCACAGGAAUGAUUUUCGCCAGUGUUGCCUCGGGAAAAGAGGACAGGCACGCGUAAAGAAACCCGGAAGUGCUGCUGAAGCCUCCAGCAGGCACAGACACCAUGAGUGUCAAGUAUGGCCUGGUGGGCUACAACAGUUCACGGAAGCACAUUUCCAUCUCCAUCCCCUCGUCUACGGAGGUGAUGUCCCCUCACAUAAAGUCUGUGGAGGAGCUGAAAGUUCUGGGAAUCAACCUGAGCAGCUUGAGUGCACCAACGCAGUUCCUCAUCUGUGUGGCUGGCGUCUUCCUCUUUUACCUUAUCUAUGGAUACCUGCAGGAGUUGAUAUUUUCCGUGGAAGGAUUUAGGCCUUUUGGUUGGUACCUCACUCUGGUUCAGUUUGGUUUCUACUCCAUGUUUGGACUGGUGGAGCUUCAGCUCACACAGGACAAACGCAGAAGGAUACCAGGAAAGACCUAUAUGAUGAUAGCGUUUCUCACAGUGGGCACGAUGGGCCUGUCCAAUACCUCUUUGGGCUACUUGAACUAUCCUACACAGGUCAUCUUCAAGUGCUGUAAACUCAUUCCAGUCAUGAUUGGGGGAGUGUUUAUACAAGGUAAACGGUACAACUUAGCUGAUGUGUCUGCCGCCGUCUGCAUGAGUCUGGGACUCAUCUGGUUCACCCUGGCUGACAGCAAAGUAGCCCCCAACUUCAAUGUGACAGGUGUCCUCCUCAUCUCGCUGGCUCUCUGCGCCGACGCUGCCAUUGGAAACGUGCAAGAGAAAGCCAUGAAACUCCACAAUGGCUCCAAUUCUGAGAUGGUGCUGUAUUCGUACUCCAUCGGGUUUGUGUACAUCUUAGCAGGCCUCCUGUGUGUGGGCGGGCUCGGACCAGCAGUGGCGUUCUGCUCACAGCAUCCAGUCAAGACGUACGGUUACGCGUUCUUCUUCUCUCUUACGGGUUAUUUCGGGAUCUCCUUCGUGUUGGCCUUAAUCAAGCUGUUCGGUGCCCUGGUUGCAGUCACAGUGACCACCGGAAGGAAGGCCAUGACAAUUAUACUUUCCUUCAUGUUCUUUGCAAAACCUUUCACUUUUCAGUACAUCUGGGGCGGCCUUCUGGUGCUCUUCGGCAUCUUCCUGAAUGUUUACAGUAAAAACAAAGACAAAAUGAAGCUUCCCUCCAUCAAGGACCUUAGGAACUGGCUGCUGACCGCAAAGAAAGUCCGAUUUCACUCCCAAGAAGUGUAGGAGUCGCUCCACGGGUGUGGCAGAAGUCCUUCAGGCGCAGCGAGGGCCCACGAGUCUCAGACGAUCCGCCGGCGCAUGUGCCUGAGCCAACGACGGGUUGUACAGGGUUUUUACCUCGGCCUUAUGAACCGCCGGUGUGACGAAACCCCCAUCCACCAGUGAAACACUGGUCAAGGGAAACAACGCGAUCCGCAGCAAACUGAAGGAAACUGUGGUUAUGAGAGGAUCAAUGCCUCAUGGGACGUCGUGAAGUGCAAACUUCAGAGCCCCGCAGAAACAUUCCCAACACGGAGUUCACGUAAAAAGACUAGUAAAGGGAAACCGGCUCCUUAGCUAACCAAAUUGCACAGUUUUGCACUGGAGUUGAGUCAAACACUUGGUGAACAGUACGUGAGAACAGAGGCAUGAUGUUGUGUGUCAUGUCUGAAAUGAUUGUCCCUCCUCCUCCUCUUCCACCACAACAUGAAAAAAAGAGAAAUACUUCCCCCCCGCAUGUGCCAGAAGGAUGAAACCAAACUUUGUUUUACAUUGUCAUUGUCUUUUAAAAAAAGUGGCUUUCAUAGUUUAUUAGUAAUUCAUAUUUAACUGUACCCUAAUCUUGACAAUAAUUGCAAUUUCAGUGAUCUUCUGGUGACGAUUUGGAGAAUACGAAGUCGUUUUUACUCCUCGAUAUAUCAACACUGUCAACUGCCAUGAUUUGCUAACAUAUGUUUGGGUGAAAGGGUGCAGCUCUUUUUACAAUAAAGUAUGUAUUUAGUAAUUACA